AUGUGGGAGAGGACUCUGAAAGAGUCUUGCGCCUUUCACAGCCCGAUACCGUACUGGGACUGGACACUUGACUGGCAAAAUCUAGCCUCAUCAUCGAUCUGGGACGCCGAGACGGGUUUUGGCGGCGAUGGCACCCGCGGAGAGCACACCGCCGUGGGCGGAGGCAGCUGUGUCACGGACGGACCUUUCCGGAACCUCAGACCAAAGCUCUACAACCACACGUACCUCGAGCACUGUCUCAGCCGCGGCUUCAACGACACGAUGAGACGGCCGCUACAGGCCCUCAGUCCAGACUCCAUCGGUGCCAUCAUGGGCAAUACUACGUACGCGGGUUUUGAGAAGCGGGUUGAGUUCACGCUGCACAAUGGCUUGCACGAAGCCAUUGGAGGUGAUUUCAAGGCCCUGACGGCGGCGAACGAUCCCAUUUUCUUUCUUCAUCAUGCUCAGGUUGACCGCCUCUGGUGGCGAUGGCAGCGGGAGGACCCGGCGGCCAGGUUAUAUCACACCAUGAAGAUCCAGCAGGCUCUUGCUCUCCUCGUUGCCUUUGGUGAGGCCGUGUCCGCUUUCCCGGCUGCUGGUGAUCACGCCGUGCUUCCUGUGAAGACCAUGAAGCCUGGCCAGACGGUGGAGGACUAUGUUGGCGGCUUCGAGGACAAGAAGCGUGAUGAGAAUUCCAACACGGUCGAGGACUACGUGGGCGGCUUUGAGGACAAGAAGCGUGAAGAGAACUCCAACACGGUCGAGGACUACGUUGGCGGCUUCGAGGACAAGAAGCGCGAGGAGAACUCCAACACAGUUGAGGACUACGUUGGCGGCUUCGAAGACUAG